UCUCUCUCACACACACACACACAGCGCACGCACUAAGGCAGUUCAAUUUCCACCGGCAUGGCCUCUACCAGCUACUCCGCUCUGUAUUCUUCCCCAGCCCUGCCAACAAGGCCAUCCCCCUCGCGCAACCAAAUCCCCUUCCUCUGCUGUUCGCUCAAGCUCCGCCGCAGAAAUCCCUGCCCGACCCCACCAAUUGCUCGACCCAAUGCCAAAAUAUCCGUUUUAGUUGCCAAAGCCUCCAAGACGGCGGCUCAGGAUCAGGAAGAGGAUAAAUAUGAAGAGUAUGAGGUGGAAUUGUUGCAGCCGUACGGGCUCAAGUUUGCAAAGGGCAGAGACGGAGGGACUUACAUUGAUGCAAUUGCACCAGGAGGAUCGGCCGACAAUACCGGCAUGUUCUCUGUCGGAGAUAGAGUGCUGGCCACCAGUGCAGUUUUUGGGGAAGAAAUAUGGCCUGCUGCCGAAUAUGGGAGAACAUUGUACGCAAUCCGACAAAGAAUUGGGCCCUUGCUCAUGAAAAUGCAGAAAAGAUAUGGAAAAGUGGAUGAUACGGGUGAAUUAACGGAAAAGGAAAUCAUCAGAGCCGAGAGAAACUCUGGUGUUGUUAGCAAUAGAGUGAGGGAAAUCCAAAUGCAAAAUUACUUGAAGAAAAAGGAGCAAAAGGAACAGAGAGAGAAAGACCUUCGCCAAGGGUUGAAGCUCUACAAGAGUGGAAAAUAUGAAGAGGCUUUGGAAAAGUUUGAGUCGGUUUUGGGAUCAAAACCGGAGUCAAAUGAAGCUGCAGUAGCAAGUUAUAAUGUAGCUUGCUGUUAUUCAAAGCUCAAUCAGGUACAAGCUGGACUAUCGGCUCUCAAGGAUGCUAUGGAAGCAGGAUUCGAAGAUUUUAAGAGAGUCCGGACGGAUCCAGACCUCGAAAACAUCAGAAAGUCGGAGGAUUUCGAUCCUCUUUUGAAGAAAUUUGACGAAUCAUUUAUCAAUGAGAACGCGAUCAACGCUAUCAAAUCUCUGUUUGGAUUCAACAAGAAAUAAAUACCUGGAGUUUGUUUACCUUUGAAGGAGUCCAAAAGCUUCAUUUACAAAUAAACGAGUUUUCAACAUGACAAACGUGCUAGUUGGCCAGUCGGUUCUGUUUGCGGUAGUAAUAGAGGUCGGUAAAAUUUUGGUUUACUUUGUUAAUUGUUUCCUCAAAGGUAUAUAGCACAUUUCUGUACAAAGACAAAUGUCCUCCAGAUAAUCAAUUCCCAUUCAUUCUUUAUUAAAACGGUUACAACUCUAUUUGCACUAGGGAAUCUUGUUGGUUCAAAGUGGAGAGGCGAUACAUAGAGAAAUGUAUCAACUUAAUAACAGAAAAAUACUUCUAUAUUUCUAACACAAAGCUCUUUAAUUUCAAGUCUUAUGACCUCAAUACCUUGAGGUCAGCUUUCUUGUCCGGGCUCUUGGAGGUCGAUGCCUCCAGGUCGUCUUCUUCUGGUCGGCUCGUACCCUAAGCUCGAUUACAAACUCCUUGACUGGAUUACUUACUUCUGGACAUAUUGGAAUUUCCCUCGACCGGCCGAGCUGACUGCUCAAGCUGGUCUGCCUAGCUAUUCUGAGUGCUACAUCAGGGAGGGAGGAAUAAUGUUGCGAGAAUAUUGUGGUUGAUUUUAGGUAACAUGGAAUGUUUUGUUCGUCUAUUUGUAUCCAAUUUAUGAAAUGGUUGUUAUAUGUGGAAGAAAGCAAAUUCGUGAGAAAUAA